AUGGUGCAGAAGUACCAAUCCCCCGUACGGGUGUAUAAACACCCUUUUGAGUUGAUUAUGGCUGCAUAUGAAAGAAGGUUUCCUACGUGUCCUCUGAUCCCUAUGUUUGUAGCCAGUGACACUGUAAAUGAAUACAAGAGUGAGGAUGAAGCCAUCCACGUGAUCGAGCGGCGCUGUAAGCUGGAUAUCGACGCACCGCGGCUGUUGAAAAAGAUUGCAGGAGUGGAUUAUGUCUACUUUGUCCAGAAGAACUCUUUGAACAGACGAGAAAGGACUUUGCACAUAGAAGCUUACAAUGAAACCUUCUCUAAUAGAGUCAUCAUUAACGAGCACUGCUCUUACACAGUUCAUCCUGACAAUGAAGACUGGACCUGUUUUGAGCAGUCAGCAAGUCUGGAUAUCAAAUCUUUUUUUGGUUUUGAAAGCACAGUGGAAAAGAUUGCCAUGAAGCAAUACACCAGCAAUAUUAAAAAGGGAAAAGAAAUAAUAGAAUACUACUUGAAGCAGCUGGAGGAAGAAGGAAUAACUUUUGUUCCUCGCUGGACUCCUCCUGUUGUAUGUAAAUCAGAGAGCAGCACAUCCCAUGCAAAGAGACCAGUUUCACCUGCUAUUAAUAUACCAGAGUCAACUUCAAAGGAGGGCUUGAACAACAAGGAGGUCCUCAACACCUCGAGCAGCCCCUCGGAGCCCACGGCAGGAACACCAGAUG